UUCACGAUGGAUUUGGAAGACACGAAGGAAAACAUUCAACCACUGCGUACGGGCAGGAACAUCGAACAACUGGAGUAUGCGUUGGAGUCGCCAGAGUGUUGGGAGGAGGAUCGAAAGAUGCACGAAGAAGCGAUCGAACAGUACGACGGAGACGAUCCGCUGUCCGUGUGGUUCGAAUAUGUGCAGUGGUUCGAACAGACCAACCCAAGCAACACGAAACCGGCCCUGAUGAACGAUGCCAUUCGCCGUUGUGUGGUAAAGUUCGAGAAUGAUCCGAGGUACAUGCAGGAUCGAAGAUUCAUUCAACUUUGCAUAAAAUACAUCGAUACCCAACCGAAACCGGAGGAUCUGUACAGCGAACUGUUCGCACGCGGCGUCGGUACACUGUGCGCGGAUCUGUACAUUGCCUGGGCCUACUACUACGAUGCCGCCGAUAAUUUUAGCAAAACGGAGGAAGUGUUCCAAAAGGGCCUGGCAGCCGGUGCACAGCCGAAGGAAGAACUGAAGCAGGCACAUACGGCUUUUGGAUUCUCGAUGUCACAACGUAUGCUGCAUAAGGACGAAGGCAGCAAACUGAAGUUCCAAGCAUCGCUCGCCGAACGACGCACGGCACUGACCUCUUUACGUACGACACGAAAGAAGCAUGUGGGCAGCAUUCGUACCGGGCUGGCCAUAAAAAGCGUUAAACCGGGCAUCGUGAACCAGGAGAACGUGCCCGUCAACCCGGGGGCUCGCAAUGCACCGGCUAGUGCUUUGGUGUUUACCGAUGAGCGCGAGGAAAGCGAUGCUGGUCCUUCGAUCGUGCAUCCCUUUUCCAGCGUGCACACGGAACCGGAAAACAUCAUCGAGGCGGCCCGUUUGGCAAAGUCACACCCGACAUCGGCACACAAGAAAUCGAGCGUUUUCGCCAAAUCCAUUGCCCCAUCGUUCAGCAUUCCGAUGGAUGAGGAAUCCAAGUUUGAACCAAUUCCACUGCUGGUGGAUAACUACAAUCGUGGAGUGCAGCUAUCGAGCAAAUUUCACAGCCGCAACAACACACAAACUCCGUUCGAUCUGAGCGUUUGUGUUGGCGAUCCGAACGAACGGGCUGUCCCGAGGUACGAUAAGAUCCGGCUCUACUGUAAAGCCGCCGAAAAGCAGGAAUAUUCGCCGGAUGAACUGCGCGCCUACCGGUACUAUGAGCGAAGACAGAUCAAGAACAAGCUCACGGAAACGUUGAACCGUGUCUGGGGUCGCGGAUUCGAGUAUGGUAUCCGCUUGCAUCCGCUGCAUCGACGCACUGCAACCGCGCAACCAGUUGCGCCGACAAAGAUACGAAAUCCUUCGAUCGACGAAUGUGAUCCCAACAUCAAAACGAGACUACAGGAGAUGUACGCAAACAGUGAGGAGGAAAAAUCGAUCGAGGAACUGCUGGUAGCGAAGUGGAUCGAAGGUAGAAUCCAGAGCGGCGUCGAUCGACGGUACCAUGACGACGUGUGCCCGGUUGAUAUGGACGAAACGCAUGUCGAAUCGAAACGCAUAUCUAUGGGUGUCGCGCGGUACAGCAUGGCACCGGCACUGGCCACGGGUGAGAAUGGUCAGCGUCCGAAAAUGCGCCAACGACAGUCCAUCUAUCCAUCGGGCCAUGUCCAGCUCGGACAGGUUGCAUCCUGUAUAACAGAAGAAGCAGAAGAUGAAAGUUAUCGUACGGAUAUCGAACGACAAACGGACCCCGAUAAACCGGAAUCCAUUUCCCGCAAGCGUAUCUCGAACGAGGAGCUUCAGCAGAAGGUUUGCAAACGGGAAGACACGAAACCGACACCGGCUAAGGGCAUUAUGCCGUAUGAUAGCGAGAUGAUGGAUCGUGCAGGGCCUGCCACACCACCCGUACCACUUGCCCCCCCGAAAAUCAACAUCUUCGUGGAAGAUGGCGAUGAAGAAGGUGGUGAAGGGGGUGAUAUGGUGGGCGCACCGAAAGCGACCGGAACCGAACGUGCUCCAGAGCAACCGUACUACCCGAACGAUUCCUGUUCGACACAAAUGUUUAAUUUCUUCGUCAAAAACAUUAGCACACCACUCGGUCCCAUGCGCAAACAGCCGCUAUUGGGUGGAGCGCAGGUCGCAGACGACAUAGCAGCGACUGGCGAUGGACCACGUGUCACUGCCAAGCGUAUGGUUGUGUAUGAAGAUGAUGAUAAACCCGCCCAGGAACGGGAGUCGGGAGAUGAGAAUAGUGGGGCUGAUGGUGGAAAAGCUCUGUCAACAUUGGGAGCUCCGGUUGCAGCCGGGCAAGUCAAUGAUGAAAAUGUCCCCCCGGUACUGGACAGCAUGACACCACCGUCUAUAUCCGGUUCUUCCGCUUGCAAUAGCACUCACAGCAACAAGCAGCUUUCAACCAUCAUGGAACGCACGGAAACGAGUACCGCGGGUUCGUCCUCUGCCACCAAAUCACCGCUUGAAUCGCAACCACUUUCCCCAGACACAAUCGACGCUGGGACACCGGCGGUUAAAUCAACCGACGAAGUACAGCGUGUUUCUCCCACACAACAACAACAAGGACGAGAGAGUGUCUUCAAGGUUCCUUAUCCAACGGAAGAACCACCGGCGACGGGUAAUCCGGUAGGGGUGUUCUGUAUACACGUGGACAGUACAGAAACGAUGGCCAACAUUCCGUUGCUGCUGAAGCGCGAUAUCCCUACGGGCCCGGCUGCUGCUGCUGCUGCUACUAAAGAAACUGCACCGGAUGCCGAUAAGGAGAAUCAACUGAUUGUACGUUCCAAUGCAGCAGUACCAAUACCUGCUCCACCAUCAUCGUCAGCGAGUGACGGUACGGGGGGCUUUUUUAACCUGGCCGAUGAUCCGACCUUCACCGGUCAGCGCAAUAUCUCGCAGAUGGUGCAGCGCGAUUUGGAGUUCAAUUCGAUGGCAUCGUUUCGUCUUGGGACGGAGCGUACAAACACCGUGCCACUUCCGCUUCUGAAGCCAUUUUCCGCGAUAGCCGCGACAAGUUCCGUUGCUAGCAAUGGCAGCGAAAAAUUGGCCCCAAAACCCAGUCCGUCUUCAGCGGAAAGUCAACCUCCGCCAAAGAAAAAUAGUUCUUUCUUAGAUCUGCUCGAUACGACGUUCUCACCCAAGCCGACCGCGCCCAAGGCGAUCGUUGGUACCAGUGGUAGUGGCACUUCCACACACCCACGAAGUUCGUUUAACUUGAGCGAUCUGAUGAAGACACCGGAACCGAAAGGAAAACCGGCAUCAUCGUCCGGCAGCGACGUUGAACUAAAGGAAGCUCCUUCCGUUGCUUGUGUGCCCUUGCAGAUGCUAUCUCCGGAUCCACUGAUGGUUCCGAUCAAGGUAGAAAACUCAAUCAAUCUGGACGUUAGUCUUGAGCUGCCAAAGUUCUCGAUAAAUUGUGCAGCUCCGAUAAAUCCUCAGCCACUCAUUAAGAUUGAUCUGGACGAGUUUCCCUCUCCAUUGCCACCGACGAUGUCUGCGGCAUCUGCGGGGCAACAAAAUGAUCGUGCUUCGAUGGGAGACAUCAAUACGGCCGUGUUCUCUCUGAACAUUAAUCGUCCUGCCAUGAACUCUACCAUCAUCAAGGAAGGCUUCAGGACGCCAUCACCCAAACAGCAGUCUGGCCUUAUCGUGGUACCAGCAGCACCGAUUGCCGUAUCCGGAGCCUCCUCGCUCGUCAUAGCGGAUGUGCGCGGUGGCAUUAGCACCGCUAGCGCGAGCCUUCUAAUGCCUCCACCGGCGAUUACAGGACCGUUCCCAUCUGAAUCGAAUUUCUGUGAGAACGAUGCCGAUCUCUCGAUCUAUCAUCCAAGGCCCGUGAUCUCACAGGAGGCAGAAAGGUGGGAGGAAGUGGAGGAAUGUCUAGUCGCACCGACCACUGGCAACGAGUAUCAGCGGAAGGCGAUCGAUAUGGAUUGCACGAUGCAGCAGAUAACUGCACACGUCGAGUCGGUUAAUGUCGAUCCAUUCGAUAAGCAGCUGCUGGAAGCGUUCCUCGAUCGGUUGGACUUUACGAGCUAUCUGGACGAUGUGGCCACCUGCACGACGGUUCACAAGGUGCAGCCACUAAAAAAGGCCGCCCGUAUCGAAGUAAACGAUGGCACAACGUUCGAAGUAUAUCACAAGAUAGGGCAAGGAACCUACGGUACGAUCUUUUGUGCUAAUCAGGUGGACACGGGGAAACAGUUCGCCUUGAAGCAGGAACGGCCAGCCAACCUGUGGGAGUACUACAUUUGUCUCGAGCUGCGUAGCCGCAUUACAAAUCCGGACAUCCUUCCUGGGUUUAUGUCGAUCGACUACGCCAUCAUUGGCAACAAUGCGAGCAUUUUUGUGUCGCCAUUUUCGCCCUACGGCAACCUACUGGACGUGUGCAACACGAUCCAUCAGGCUACGAACCGAAACGUGGACGAGUUCAUCGCGAUGAUACUCUCCGCACAGAUCCUGUCGAUCGUGGAUCAUCUACACAGCUGCCAGAUAAUACAUGCCGACAUCAAGCCGGACAACUUCCUCCUAAUGGCACCCAUCGACAUGGGCUCGGUAGUACCGUGCAUCCAGUUGAUCGACUUUGGGGUCAGCAUCGAUAUGAAGCUGUUCCAGGAGGACGUAAAGUUCAACAAGGUCAUCACUACGGAGGGUUUCACGUGCAUUGAGAUGAUGGAGAACCGACCGUGGACCUAUCAGCCGGAUCUGUACGGUGUAGCCGGCACGACACACGUGAUGCUGUUCGGCAAGUACAUGCAGGUACAGAAGCAGAUCGUCAAUUGGCAAAUUAAGAGCGCAAUGCCGCGCUACUUCAAAAAGGCCAUCUGGGAGAACUACUUUACGGCGCUGCUGAACAUUCGCGACUGUGACCAUCUGCCGAAUCUGCAACAGCUCCGUACCACCUUCCUGGAGGAGAUCGCCCAGAACGAGAAGUACAUUCGGAGCAAGGUGGUCGAGUUCAACCGUGCACUCGUAGCCGCUGGCAAAUGAUGAUCCGAAGGGGAGCGUAUGGUCAUGAGUAAGAAUGAAUAUUAUAUAUUUUGUUUAUCCUCAAUAAACUAAUGAUAUACUGGUAGCAUA